GGAGGAAGCAGGAGGAAGGAGUGAUGGUCAUUUGUAACGCCGCCGGCCGCCGGCUCGAGGGGGCCACGCAGGCGCGGGCACCCAGCGCGAGGACCGCGCCCCCUCCCCGCAUAAGUGCAGCCAGGCAGGAUGUCCCCCGCGCGCGUGGUCCUGUUGACGGCGGUGUUUCACGCCGCCGGGGUGGCGGCCCACCCGCCGAGCUACGCCGACGAGGUCGGCGAGGUCCGCGGCCUCAUGGAGCGCGUGCGGCGGGAGACUGAGCACAUCAACAACCCGCACAGGAUCUCCAGUGCGCAUCCCCAGGUGCGACCAGCGAAGUCCUCGGCGGCAGGAGCGCUCGCCGCCGCUCUCCGCCCGGGUGAGCUGGACAAGGAGCUGCUGAGCUCAGCGGACCGCGUCCGGAAGGAGCUGGACGCCAUGCGCAAGGCGGACGCCCCCAAGCCCAAGAAGGCGGCCAUGCUGGCCUCGAGCAAGCGGGAGACGCAGGAGGAUCGCGCCGCCCGCUAUUUCGCCACUCACGGCAUGGCGCAGGAGGCCAAGUUGCUCGGCAUGGGCGAGGACGUGCAGAAGGUCGGUGCCAUGUCGUCAGCUUCCACUCCCACGCUUGUGCGCUCGGCGCCCCACGCGGCGGCGCCGGAUGGCAGCAGGGCGCAGGCGCAGGACUACCAUCGUCGGUGGGGUGCCGUCGACGCUCUGCGCCACCGCAGGCCGCCGGGGCUGGCCGCGUGAGGCGGGGCGCGCCGCGCGAGGCGCGGCGCGGCGCGCGGGGAGCCCGCCGCCCUGUCCCCCGCUUGGUGCGCCGUGCUCGUCGCCUCCUCCCGGCGGGCGCCCCCAAAACGGCACGCGGGAGGCCUCGGAGGCCGC